AUGAUGCUUGUUAGGGGCAGACUCAUGCCCUGUGUGUGUUUGGCAGUUCUUGGCCUCCUGUGCUGGGUCUGGGUGUCCUUUGCCUCUUUAGCGGAUGAACAGCUGCCCAUGGAGGCCUGGGAGGCAGCAAACCAUGCAGUCUUUCAGCCCCAGAGUGCUUUAUCAGAGAUGGAGUUUGCUUCCAUCAGUUCAUAUCGAGGUCCAGGCAACAAUGACCACCGCAGCAACAAGGAGCUUCCCAUUCUGCUUUGGUGGAGCGGAGGAUUGUUCCCACAUUUCCCUGGAGACACUGAGCGCAUAGACUGUGCCAGAUCCUCCUGUCUGGUGACAAGCAACCGCAAGGUGCAGAUGUACAAAAGGACUGCAUCCAUUAUCUUCUAUGGCACAGACUUCCGUGCAUAUGAAGCACCACUCCCUCGACUCAAGCACCAGACCUGGGCCCUUUUCCACGAAGAGUCGCCAAUGAAUAAUUACUUCCUCUCGCAUGGACCAGGAAUCCGACUGUUUAAUUAUACUGCUACUUUUCGGAGGGAGUCUGACUACCCCCUGACCCUGCAGUGGCUGCCCUCUCUGGACUACCUACUCAGGCCCACAUCAGUGUCUCUGGAGGAGAAAAACCGUUUGAGGAGAGAAGGUCUGGCCCCUGUGCUGUACAUGCAGUCUCACUGUGAUGUGCCCUCGAACAGAGACCGAUACGUCCAGGAGCUGAUGAAGCACAUAGAGGUAGAUUCUUAUGGAAAAUGCCUUAACAACAAAGCCAUGCCUGGACAUCUAGAAGACACAUCCACUGCCACUGGAGAGAAUCCAAAUUUCAUGAACUUUGUGGCACGGUACAAAUUCCAUUUGGCUUUGGAGAAUGGCUUAUGUCCAGACUACAUGACUGAAAAACUGUGGCGGCCUCUUCACCAAGGCUGCGUGCCCAUCUAUCGUGGCUCUGCGCUGGUGGCAGACUGGAUGCCCACCCAGCACUCGGUGAUAAUCAUUGAUGACUUCCCUUCACCAAAAGCGCUCGCAGACUUUAUCAAAUAUCUGGAUGAGAAUGAUGAAGAGUAUGAAAAAUAUCUACAAUUCAAGAACCCCAAGACUAUAGCCAACACUAGAUUAUUGGAGGCCUUGGAGACUAGAGAAUGGGGAGUAAAUGACAUGAGUAAACCGAACUAUCUGAAUGGAUUUGAAUGCUAUGUCUGUGAUCAGGAGAACAUGAGACUUGCAUCAGAAAAAGCUCACAAAAAAGCCCGUAUGGUAGAUCCACUUCCACCUAAAAUGGCUAAUAACUCUCACAUGGGGUGUCCCCUGCCUCAGCCUGGAUAUGGAGAUGUCCAGGACCUGCCAGAGGAUGAUGGAUGGUUGCAAAUAUGGCCUCAGGAUUACUGGCAGAGCCUGGACCAAGCCGAAGGGCUGGAGUCUCUGAUAAGACAUAACGAGUCGGACCCUUCUCUGCUCUGGAAGCACAUCCAAAAUAUAGCUGUGAGCCGAUCCAGGGGACACCACUGA